AUGUUUCAACAUCAUUUAAAGAUGUGUGUCAGAUCUAUUGUGUUAUUGGGGUGUUUAUUUGAAGCUGUCCAUAGUCAAGAGCUAAGAUAUGCUCUGUUCACUUCUGGACCUACUUUUGGUUUUGACUCAUCAGAAGCUGUCCCAGCCAUUGAGUUAGCAGAGGAGAUGAUUAAUGCUGACAGCUCCAUUCUACCUGGCUACAACCUCACUCACACACCUGUGGUGGACACAAUGUGUGACAGGACUGUAUCUCUGAAUGAGUACUUUGAGGCCACUUUUCCGCUGCAACCAACCAUCCUCGGUCUACUGGGCUGUGGAUGCUCAGCUGCCUCUGAGCCUGUCGCAGAGAUCAUCCAUCAUAACAGCUUGUCACAGAUCUCUUACAUGUCAUCAUUGACGGGACUUAGUGACAGAGAACGUUAUCCCAAUUUCUUCCAAAUGCUACCUUCUGACAAUGGCAUAGCACAAGCUAUUGUUACCCUCAUGCAGAAAUUUGGCUGGAGACGCAUUGCCAUCCUCACUGAAGAUGGGAGUUUGUUUACAGAGACUGAGGAAACACUAAUUAGUGCCCUCAGGAAUUCCGAGAUGGAAGUAGUUAAUAAAGUGGUGAAUCUCCUUAAUGCUACAGCUGAUCAACAUUUCUUUUUUGAAGAGGGUGACUAUCGAGUGUUCUUCCUCAACGUCUAUUCAAAUACAGCUCGUCACAUUUUGUGUGAGGCCUAUCUAAGGGGAUACACUUAUCCCAAAUAUGCGUGGUUGACCUAUGGCUGGUACCAGGACAGGUGGUGGACAGAGGAGGUGAACCCAGAGCCAACAAACUGCACUGACAACCAGCUAGUAGAGAUCCUGCACAGAUCUCUCACCCUAGAGCAACUGCUUCCACACGGGAUUUCUGGUCAUGUAUCAAACACAGAACCUAUCACAGUGUCUUCAGGUGACUUCAAUUUUUCGUAUGAACAACAACUGCUUACAUCUGUAACAAGAUCAAGCUAUACAUACUCCCUAGCUUAUGAUGCCCUCUGGACAUUUGCUAUCGCACUGAACAAUACCAAUGAGAUGGUUCGUGGUCUGACAAGAGAGGAGAUAUUGAACAUGACUCAGUGUGGAGGGACUGAUGAGGAGACUGGUGUAGAGUGGGAGGUGGUGUCACUGGAGAACUUCACCUACUCCAAUCAGCUCAUGGGCUGCAUCAUCAGGUGGAACCUGGAGAGAACAGACUUUGUGGGAAUCUCGGGUCAAGUUGCUUUCAAUGACGAUGGUUCAAGAGUACAUAUUCAUGUGGAGGUAGAUCAGUACAGACUGAAUGAAGACAGAACUUCUAUUGCAUACAUCUUGCCUGUGAAUGAGUCUUUAGCUCAGCUUGUCUACAAGAACAAUGAAAGCAACCAGACUGUAUAUCCUAGUUCAGAGGGUGGUGUUCCACCAGACGGCACACCUGUUAUUGUGGAGGUCAGCUUUCAUUUGGCAUUGGUCGUGCUCCUCUACAUAUUGGCAACUGCUGGAAUUGUUUAUAGUACAGUAUGUCUGGUCUUCACCUUGAAACAGCGAAAGAAAAAAGUGAUACGCUUGAACAGUCCAAACAUAAAUUAUGUCAUUCUCACUGGGAGCUACAUCAUGAAUGCAUCAAUCUUCUUCCGUGUUAUGCCAAGUACAGACCCUGUAAUUACACUAGCCAGAUGCUAUCUGGCGACUCUACUCAAUACUAUUGGCUACUGUUUAGCCUACGGAGCAAUUCUGGUUACAAUGGGGAGGAUAUACUACAUCUUCCAUAAUCCAACUACAAACAAGAAGACUUGGAAAGACUGGCACCUUUUAGUGAUUGCACUGGUUAUCACUGGAAUUGGAACGCUGCUAUCAGUUUUGCAAGUUUCCGUUCCGAUACUGCAACCACAGCCAUACAAAGCACCAAAUGAAGAACCACCAAGUGCUCCAAUGAAUGAGUACGGACUGAGGAUUGAAGAGGUGGCUUGGUUUUGCUACAGUUUUAGUCAAACACCAGUGGCUACAGCCUGGGUGAUCAUUACGUCCAUCUACCUUGCAAUACUACAGUUGAUCGGAAUUAUUCUGGCGUUUCGUAUUCGCAAAGUCAAAAUAAAGGCACUGAAAAACUCCAGAUACAUUAUAGCAGCAAUCUACGUCUCGGCAAUUUCGCUGUUUGUAAUUCUAGUAUCAACUUUCGCUUUUGGAAAUCGUCGAAAUGUCAUUGAGCUUUUGUUCUCAGGGAGCUUGAUAGUGUCAACCAACGUGGGUCUGAGUAUGGUCUUCAUUCCAAAGAUGGUGAGCUUGUACAAAGACCCUAACGGAGAACACGUUUUUGAUGCAAUGGCAUUUACUAAUGGAACUCAAGACACGGUCACUAACAUCUCGGCACUCAAGAGUGACGACGGUUCAACAAAGAUUUAUCAGUUGGAAUCUAAAGUUACGGCACUGGAGAAGAUAUUAAAAGAGUAUCAGACAAAUGAAGGUCAGUCGUGUAGUGAAGGAAGCGUAGAGAGAACGAAUGGAUCUGAUGAUUUUCUGAUUGUUGUGAAUAUGGCAGCCGUCAAAGAUUCAGUUGUUGGAGUGAGCCCUUUCAAGACUGAAAAGAUACCAAAACUUGACAAUAAACUUUAUAAAUUUAUUUUACUCUUCAAUAUGACUGAGAGAUUCUUCAAUCUGCUCUUUUCAAUAGUCAGCAUUCUUCCAUACAUCUAUUGCAAAGAAUUAAGUUAUGCUUUGCUUACAGCUGGCUUGAAUUCACCAGAAGCUGUCCCAGCCAUUGAGUUAGCAGAGAAGCUGAUUAAUGCUGACAGCUCUAUUCUACCUGGCUACAACCUCACUCACACACCUGUGGUGGAUACAAUGUGUGACAGGACCGUAUCUCUGAAUGAGUACUUCGAGGCCACUUCUCCGCUGCAACCAACCAUCCUCGGUCUACUGGGCUGUGGAUGCUCUGCUGCCUCUGAUCCUGUUGCAGAGAUCAUUCAUCACAACAGUCUGUCACUGAUAUCAUAUGCAUCGUCUUCAAAUGAGUUGAGUAACAGAAGUCGUUUCCCCAACUUCUUUCGUAUCUACCCUUCAGAUGCUGACUUUGCUCCAGCCGUAGUCAGCCUCAUUCAAGAGUACGGCUGGAGACGCAUUGCCUUCAUCACUCAAGAUGAGAGCUUGUUUACUGAGACUGCUCAAAUUUCUAUGGACAAUCUUAUGAGGUUGGACCUGGAAGUGGCCAACAGAGUGGUUUCUGGUGUUAAUUUGACUAAUGUGAAUAGCACCAUUAACUUCUUUUUUGAAGAAGAUGACUAUCGAGUGUUCUUCAUCACUACCCAUUCCAACACAGCUCGUCAGAUUUUGUGUCAGGCGUACCUAAAGGGGUACACUUAUCCCAAAUAUGCGUGGUUGACCUACGGCUGGUAUCAGGACAGGUGGUGGACAGAGGAGGUGAACCCAGAGCCAACAAACUGCACUGACAACCAACUAGCAGAGAUCCUGCACAGAUCCAUUGCUCUAAAACAAGUGUUUCCUCAACAGUUGACAACUACAUUGGUAAAUAAGAGACAUGAUGAAUUCAAGCAAUGGAUGAUGUAUAUAGACAAUGACAUAAACCCAUUUCUUGCUGCAUUUGCGUACGAUGCCCUUUGGACAUUUGCUCUAGCAUUGAACAGGACUAACGAGAUGGUUGGUAGUCUGACAAUACAAGAAGUAGUGACCUUGACCAGGUGUGAAAGACGUGACGUCGACACAUUAGUGUCACUGGAGAACUUCACCUACUCCAAUCAGCUCAUGGGCUGCAUCAUCAGGUGGAACCUAGAGAGAACAGACUUUGUGGGGGUCUCGGGUCGAAUUACUUUUGAUGAGAAUGGUUCAAGAGUACAUUCUCACGUGGAGGUACAUCAGUACAGACUGAAAGAGGACACUAUUUACAAGAUUCCUGUGGCGUAUAUUAGACCUUUGAACAAGUCCUUUGGUGAACUUUUUUACAGGGAUAAAGAGAACAAUAACUUAGUGUAUCCAAGUUCAGAGGGUGGUGUUCCACCAGAUGGUACACCUGUCACCGUGGUAAUCACUUUUCAUUUAGCAUUGGUGGUGUCAUUCUAUUCACUGGCAGCUGCUGGACUUACUUUCGGUACGAUCUGCCUAAUUUUCACUUUCUCUUAUCGCAAGAAAAAAGUAGUGCGUUUGAACAGCCCUAACCUAAACUACUUGGUCAUCUUUGGUAGCUACAUUAUGAAUGUAUCUAUCUUCUUCCGGGUUAUGCCGGGCACAGGCUAUGCACUAAAUGCAGCAAGAUGUUACUUGGACACUCUGCUCAAUACUAUUGGCUACUGUUUGAUUUAUGGAGCAGUUCUGGCCAAGAUGGCGAGAAUUCAUUACAUAUUCCGCAACCCUACAGCUUCCAAAAAGGCUCUGAAGGACUACCAUCUUAUACUUGCGGCAUUGACAGUUACUGGAAUCGGGGUAGUUCUAUCAGUGUUGCAAGUUUCUGUUCCGGUACUACGCCCAUUAGUCUACCAAGACACAAACGAAGAAACUCCAAGUGCUCCAUUGAAUGAAUAUGGCUUGAGAGUGGAGGAGAUUGUGUGGUUUUGCUACAAUUCUAGUGUCAAGCCAAUUGCAAGUGCUUGGAUUGUCAUUACAUCCGUGUACCUCGUCAUACUACAAGUCAUUGGAGUUAUCCUUGCCCUUCGUACGCGUAAAGUGAAAAUUAAAGCCUUAAAGAAUUCCAAAUUCAUUGUUGCUGUGAUCUACAUUUCAGCUAUUGCUCUUAUGGUAAUCCUCCUAUCGACUUUUGCUCUUGGAAGUGUUCCGAAUUUGAUCGAGUUCUUAUUCUCGGGAAGCUUGCUCGUCUCUACUAAUGUCAUCCUUAUCAUGGUAUUCAUUCCUAAAAUGGUAAGCUUGUACAAAGAUCCAGAGGGAAAACAUGUAUUUGAAAACAGGAUCCAUGACAGUCAGGACACAAGCGUAUGUACAAGCGUAUCUAUAAUGGCUACAAAGACUGACAAAAUAAAGCCCACGAGUCAGGAGUAUCUGAAAAAGGUUCAACAGCUAGAGUUAAAAGCUGCAACACUUGAACGGGUGCUGAGAGAGCACCAGGCCAAUAAUGGUGGACAUCGCCAAUCUUCAUCUCUCCAAGGAGCAAGUUUGGAGAGCAGAACUGGCUCAAACGCUUUUCUUAUCUGAACAAAAAAUAAUUAUGUCACAUGUUUAAAGAUUAACUCCACAUAGAUCUAAAUUAGCUUUGGUUUUGUUUUGUCUAGUUCCAAUAUUACGUUAAAUGUUGUCUAUAAAAUAAUUAUGCU